GGCUGGUGGUGAUAGUGGAGAUAUGGGCGCUGCUGGUGGUGGUGCUGGUGCUGCUGCUGCCGGUGGUGGUGGUGGUGGUUGGGCUCAGCGAGACAGUGUGCUGCGGGUGGCGUUGAAAUCGAGCACCCCGAGCAUGGGUGCGAGGACCAUGGCGUUGGAGAUCGGCGGGACCCGCUGGGCGAUCCACCGGGCGAUCUGCACUUUGGCGCUCGAGGGUAGGCUCGAGAGGACUGGCUUCCUUGCCCUGUCGAUCGGCAGCAGCGGCAGUCGAUGCCAUAGCAAGUCAGGCUGGUUUGAUCUGUGCCCGGAUGUCCAGGGAUGCGCAAACCGAGUUGCAAGACGAGAGCGGGUGUGGGAAAAUUGCCAGGGUGCGAUCCACAGAGAGCGAGCUCCAGCAAAUGCGGUUGCGAGUUUGGAUUUCGAAUCGGCGAUCCCCAGCGAGUGGAGCGAGAAUGUGCCGGAACCAGGCAGAGUCGGGCGGCUGAGAUCCAAGACCGGCGAUAGCAGCGAACGGAUCAGGUCUGACGACGAGCGGCUCGGUCCUGGACGACGAUCGAUCGAUGCUGGCGCCGAGAGAGGCCGGCUCUGGGCCAGCCAGACAUGAAGGGGGGAUGAAGGGCACCAUCGGUGAGUGGCCUGCCGAUGCUCCUCGACGCAGAGACCAGUGCGGGUGGAGAUUGCCGUCCUGGCUCGAGGGAGGGGUCUCCGCCGGGACGAGCUGGGCAGCGACGAGGGACUGGGGGGCGGACGGGGCGGGCAGUGGGAGAGCCAUGACAAUGGACCAAAACUGGCCCGAGGGGCGUCCGCUCGCAGUCCAGCGAGCACGACGGCGGCAUGGAGACGAUGGCGGUGGCUCUGGAAGGACGGGUUGCCGGACGAGAAUACGAGCACGGGAAUGUCAUGGAUGCGGGCUGGACAUGGGAAGGGAUGUGUUCAAAUCAAGGGCGGGGAGUUGGGCAAAGCCAAGACAGGGCACGGGCCGGGGUUGGAUAUCAGAGGACGACGAUGGUGUCGGUAUCGACAGUGCAGUCGCUGCUGAUAAUAACGGGGC